UUUAUGUCGUAUUGUGUUUGUGGAGAGGAAGCGAGAGGGCCAAGGAGCGGUAUUGAGGAACCUCCGGCAGCUGGAGCAGGAUGGGCAAGAAAAAGAAGGAAGAGAGCACCUCCGAGGCCUACGGGGAACCAGCCAAAUAUGAUACGACUUUCAAGGGCCCAAUCAAAAACAGGAGUUGCACUGACAUCCUCUGCUGCGUACUGUUUAUGGCCUUCAUUGUGGGUUACAUGAUCGUGGGGAUCUUGGCCUGGUUAUAUGGUGAUCCGCGUGAAGUGAUCUAUCCCAGGAACUCCACUGGCAUGUACUGUGGCAUUGGGAGUAAUGAGGGUAAACCUUAUGCCUUCUACUUCGACAUCCUGAAAUGUGCCUCUCCAACAGGCAUCCUGGCCUCUGCCCUGAAUGGCCUUCAGUGUCCAACAACCCAGAUCUGUGUUUCACAAUGUCCCAGCAAUUUCUGGCUUUCAGGAAUUUCACCUUUAAAUGGCUUCAAUCAGAAAUACUGCAACCCUUCCAUUAACCUGUCGACCACCACAUUGACACCACAAGAUAUUUUGGUGAAAGAACUGUGUCCAAAAUACACUAUUCCAAGUUCACCUUUCCUUGGUCGGUGCGUGCCAAAGAUAGGUGACGUGUUCCCUGCCAACUUUACCCUUAACGGUGCUGGCACUGCCAAUGAGACAGCUGAACAGGUGAAAAAUGCUGUUGGGGAUCUACUGGGUAGCUUCAAUGCCAGGGAGGUAGGGAUGAGGAUUUUUGAAGAUUUUACCAAGUCCUGGUACUGGAUAUUAAUUGGUCUGGUAAUCGCUAUGAUUCUGAGUCUGCUGUUCCUGAUAGUCUUGAGGUUCCUGGCGGGAAUUCUGGUCUGGGUCAUGAUCAUUGCCCUGAUUGCUGUCAUUGCUUAUGGAAUUUGGCACAGCUACUGGGAAUAUGACAACCUCAAAAAGCAAGGAGCUACCAUCACGACUGUUGGAUUCACCACGGAUCUCCAGGUCUACGGACAAGUCAAGGAGACCUGGCUGGCUGUCUUGAUCAUCCUGGCUGUCCUGGAGGUUAUCAUCCUGCUGCUCCUGAUCUUCCUGCGGAAGAGAAUCCUUAUCGCGAUCGCACUCAUCAAAGAAGCCAGCAAGGCGAUCGGUCACAUGAUGUCAUCACUUUUCUAUCCCUUAAUCACCUUUGUACUAUUGGUGAUUUGUGUGGCUUACUGGGGAAUGACCGCUCUAUAUCUCGCCACUUCGGGGCAGCCACUGUAUCGGGUGGUGAAUUUGGGCCCAUCGACUCCCAGCUGCAAUGCCAUCCUCGGCAAUGAAACCUGUGACCCCUUAUCCUUCAAUGCUUCCAACUACAACUGUGAGGGUGUAAAGUGUGCCUUCUACAAGUACAACGAUGAGGGAAUCUUGCAGAGGAACCUCUUCAACCUCCAGAUUUACAACAUCAUCGGCUUCUUAUGGUGCAUGAAUUUUGUCAUUGCACUGGGUCAGUGCACCCUAGCAGGUGCCUUUGCCUCCUAUUACUGGGCCUUCAAAAAACCAGCAGAUAUUCCCUAUUUUGCUGUGUCUGGUUCCUUCAUUCGCGCCCUCAGGUAUCACACUGGCUCUCUGGCCUUUGGAGCACUGAUCCUAACCAUCGUUCAGUUCAUAAGAAUCAUCCUGGAAUACUUGGAUCACAAGCUGAAAAAUUAUCAUAAUCCCUUUACCAAAUUCCUGCUGUGUUGUCUUAAGUGUUGCUUCUGGUGCCUAGAGAAAUUUAUCAAGUUCCUAAAUCGUAAUGCCUAUAUCAUGAUUGCUGUCUACGGUAAGAAUUUCUGUGUGUCAGCCAAGAAUGCAUUCAAGCUGUUGAUGAGGAAUGUGGUCAGGGUGGUGGUGCUGGACAAAAUCACAGACCUGCUGCUGCUUUUCGGGAAGCUCCUUGUUGUCGGUGGUGUGGGUGUUUUGGCAUUUUUCUUCUUCACUGGAAGGAUAAAAAUUCCUGACCCGACAUUCCAGACUCCUACCCUGAAUUAUUAUUGGCUGCCAAUACUGACUGUGGUAGUCGGGUCCUAUAUGAUAGCCCACGGGUUCUUCAGUGUUUACAACAUGUGCGUCGACACACUGUUCCUCUGCUUCUUGGAGGAUCUCGAGAGGAACGACGGCUCGGCAGAAAAGCCUUAUUACAUGCCCUCAUCCCUGAUGAAAAUUCUCAAUAAGAAAAACAAACCUGUCAAGUCCAAGGAGAAGAAAUAAGCUCCCAGCUGCUUGCAAUUUCAGACGUUAAGACUGUUGAACGCCAUUCGUUGUCUUUCUGCCAGGGGAAGAGAGCUGACUUGGGGAUGGGUUUGGGGGUUGGUGUGGUGGGGAGGGUUAGCCAAAAGACAGCAUCAAAACUACCAGUAGAAUCCCUUUUCUGGAACAUCCCUUCCCAACUGGGUGUAGAUCAACAGCCCGCUCUUGGAGUACAUCAGAAAUAUGAGGGCUGCUUCCCACUUCUGCUCUGGUCUUCCCAUUAUUGCGACUGCCUUUUCCCUUUUUCCCUUGCCAAUUCUGAUAAGAGGGAUUCUACUGACUCACACUGUGGCACCUUAUUAACCAUGUCCAGGAUUAGCUGAGUGAUGCCUUCCAGGGCCCACCAGCUGCUCAAAGUAGUACUUUGAUUUUAUUUAACAAUAGUUGGCCCAGCAAUAUUGUUGACUCAGUCUUCCGUGGCCUUAAUCCAAGGGGAAUUAGAUUUGUUGCUGUUACUAUUUACCACUUGUGCCUUUUGAAAAAGUGACUUUUCUUCCCUGAAGAAAAUGAUAUCAAAUUAAGUACACUUUCACUCUCCUUUCUCUCUCUUGCUCUCGUUCUUUUUCUCUCUUUUUUUUUUCUCUCUCUCUUUUGCUGUCAUUUCCUCUCACACUCAACCUCUCUCUCACUCAUUUGAAUGGAUACUAGACCUACUUCUGCUCUCUUUUUUUUUCAGUAGAAAAAUAUUCUAAUUGUUUUUUGUGGCCUAAACAAACAAUUUACCCACAUGUACCAUCCUCCAUUACGGAAAGAUUUUCUCUUGUUAUAAAACCAAACCGAGCCCUCGGAAUAUGGAUGGGCUCACAGCAGCCAGAACCAGGCAGGAAGUCCUUGAUGUGUGGCCCUGAGACAGCACCAAUGUGAAACUUCACUUCCUCCUAUAUGCCAUCUUUUUCUUAAUGUGCAUUUUCACUUCCUCCCUCCCGCUUUGCCUGUCUCCUCCCUUCCAUACCUCCCUCUCCAAUUUCCUCCCUUUCCCCCUUACCUUUUUUGAGCACCUACUUCCUCUCUCUUUCUUCUUUUCCUCCCUCUGUUCUCCUCCUCUUGCUUCUUUGUCUUGCCUUCUCCUUCCCCCUCUCCUUCUAUGUCUUUGGCCUUCCCCUCUUGUUCUCAGUAUCCCCAGAUAUGAAGUGUAGGGGUCGCUUUAUGCCCUAGCCUUUUAAAUGAUUGUGUACAAUUGAGCCAAGUUGGGGCUAGCAGAGAAACACGAAAUGAAGACAGGCCUAUGACAAGAAUGGUGAUCAGACCCCUGUAUAAUGACGACUAUGUCACCAGAACUGUUUGUACAACAUCUUCGUUGAAACCACCAUAUUACAUGUGGUUCCAGUGGGAUCAACAUAGGGACAAGAGUGAGGAUGGAUCUGGGGUGGGGAGGAGAGGGGUCAGUGUGCGGUGCUGGUCCCACGUACCCUUCCAGGGGCCACUGUAGCUGGAUCUGAUCUGCAGCUCGGUGAAUGCCAAGCCUUUUCCAGUCUCUGCCUUUAUUAACUCUCUGCAUGCUGGUGAGUUUUAGAGGGAAGGUGAUGGUGUGAAGUAGCAUCUCAGUACUGCGGCUAUUGGCUUUGUUUCUUUGUUCAGAUCAGUCAUACUGUGGGGGGGUAGAAGAGGUUGUCUGACAGCGAGUCCAUUAUUGUGGAACUGCCUGGUUCUAUUCUGGUGGAAGAAGUGAGGCAUUCUGUGCAGCAAACGGAACAACAAUAGCUGGAGUUUGGUGAACAGCAACAAAAAGGGAAUGAUUUUUGAAGUCUGCACUCUGAUCUUGGUGACUGUGUACUUGGGUGGGGGUGGCAAGAUCAGUCAGCUGUUAAUUGAGCAUCUGCAGUACUCUGAUGUUUGACUCCCCCUUCACCCCACUCAACCACACAAUCUUGAACUCUAAUAACAUUCACUGGAUAUCAAAUCCUUUUGCUUCUACAGCCUUUUCGGGGGAGGCUGGGACAGUUGUGUUCUUUCAGUGUAACCUUCCACCUUUCAAAGGAUGGAACAAAAUUUCUGAAUGUAUUCUAAAAGCCAAACAAAAUCCAGCCGAAAGGUUAAAGUUGGUCUUGGGCUCCAUCAACAAUUUGACUCGCUGACAGCUUCAGAUGUCUCCCAUCUGAAUUUUUUUUCGUGCGACAAGAGAAAACAGUAUCCUUCUGACUAUUUUUUUAUUCUUUUGUCUGUCUCUCUCUUGAGAUGAUUUGUUCACAGGAUAUGCUCAUCAUCUGCCAGUGAGGGAAUAAGUGAGGAGGGGGCUCCCUCAUUCCCUGUUAUUGAGACCAUUUGGUUAAGAGCCUGUACUGCUGACUAAUGUUCACAGCCCUGGUGUCACCAGCUUUACUGCCCAGCACUAGUGGUUUAGUUUCACUGAGUUUUCAUACAUCACUGAAGGAACCAUCAUUUCCCUCUUUCCCCAUAUACCCUUCUCUCCCUCCCCAUCUCCAAAACGGUACCCUGAAGCCCAUCCUUCGGGGUGAAAACUGGUGUUUUUUUUUAACGCAACUUAUCCAACUAAGAACAUUUUGUUCAAACUCUUGUUCAUCCCUCAAAUCUCCUUCCAUGUGAUGGUAAUGGUUGUGGAACUGGUUUGUAGUAUUAAUAUCAAUCUUGGCAUUUUCCUGGGCUGUGAUUUUACUGCUGGGUUUAAACAUGCUUUACACACAAUUCUGGUGAAUUCCUGAUUGGCAUAAAAUCCAAUUUUUAAAAAAAAUUAAAUGUUUAAUUUAAAACAGGACCUUCAAUGAUAACCUUGUUGGUUAGCUCAGCUGCUGGACAUCUAGUUUGCAAUGCAGGGUGACACCAACAGCACAGGUUCAAUUCCUGCACCAGAUAAGGUUGCACUGAAGGCCCCACCUCUUCAACUUGGCCCUCACUUGAGAUGUGGUGACCCUUGGGUUACACCACUAUAGUCACCCCUCUUUAAUGAGGGACCAGCCUCUCUGCCACUACAGUGACUUUACCUUUUACUAGCUCUGAGCUGAGUGACUUCCAAUUGAGUAAAAAUUUCAGGGUGGGAUUGGAAAAUGGGGAUGUGAAUGCAGGAAGGGUGGGUGUUGGUUAAGAUUUUCCUGAGGAGAACACUUAUAACACCCCAUACUCGUUGCAAAAACGAAAAGAAAUUGGGAAGAUUCUCUAUGUUCGGAGACCUCAUGAUCAAUCUGAUUUCUGUACUCUGUGUCUCUCUCUCUCUCUCUCUCUGUUUCUGGUGUCCAACUGUGAUUGCACUUUGAGAUUAUUUAGGUAGCCAGUGAUUGAACAAGGGGGAACAGCUUCUUCCCUCCUAGCCUCAUUUAGUGUUGGGGGCGUGGGGGUGGGGUGUGGAGAAAUGAAUUGGCACUCUGGCACUUCAACCUGUUCACGGAGGAGGCUGAUGAUAGCAGCGGGGCCUGACGUCUGCAUGAAGCCACCCCUUGGAGCAUACUGCUGGAUGUAUCCACACUGUGAACGCAACAACCUGUGUCUGUGUCUGAAUUGUCUUUAACAUGUGCCUUGGAGAUG